UUAAGAUUUUAGAGAAUGUAAAAAGAUCUUCCAUCUAACCAAAAGCCAAAAAAAUUCACACUUCCAGUCCAGUAACACUAUAAAAUUCAUCCACCAAAACCAAAUUUUGGAUUACAAAAUUAGUCAUGCUGCUGCACUUGAACACCAACCCUUCUCCAAGAAGCAGAAAAGCUGUGGAUUUAUAAGCACUGUUUCUAUGAACACAUUCCUAAGUUGCUAUCAGAAUCCAAACUGCUUCUUUAGUUUGCUGCAGCUCAAAUUAAGCCUUAAUUAGCCAUGUCACAGUUCACCACCACCAACAACAACAAUGGUGCUUCCAGGCGUGUCCCAAAUCCAGGAAAAGCAACAAUUCUUUCCAUUGGCAAGGCAUUCCCUAAACAAGUUGUUCCUCAGGACUGUUUGGUUGAAGGCUAUAUUCGCGACACGAAAUGCGUGGAUUCCGCCAUCAAGGAGAAACUGGAGCGCCUCUGCAAAACGACAACAGUGAAGACCAGAUACACUGUGAUGUCGAAGGAGAUCUUGGACCAAUAUCCUGAAAUUGCCACAGAAGGGACACCAACCAUCAAGCAAAAGCUCGAGAUCGCGAAUCCAGCUGUGGUGGAGAUGGCGAAAGAAGCGAGUCUCGCUUGCAUCAAAGAAUGGGGAAGGCCUGUUGAAGAUAUCACCCACAUUGUCUACGUUUCUUCAAGCGAGAUUCGCUUGCCUGGAGGCGAUCUUUACCUCGCGACUGAACUCGGCCUGAACAGCAACGUUGGCCGCGUAAUGCUGUAUUUCCUGGGAUGCUAUGGAGGUGUGACAGGCCUCAGGGUUGCAAAAGACAUUGCUGAAAACAAUCCAGGAAGCAGAGUGCUUUUGACAACUUCCGAGACUACCAUUCUUGGAUUCCGGCCCCCGAAUAAGGAUCGCCCUUAUGAUCUUGUUGGCGCUGCACUUUUCGGCGAUGGAGCUGCUGCAGUCAUCAUUGGUGUUGAUCCAAUUCAGGGGAAAGAAUCCCCUUUCAUGGAAUUAAACUACGCAGUUCAACAAUUCUUGCCAGGGACCAACAGCGUGAUCGAUGGCCGCCUUUCUGAAGAGGGUAUAAAUUUCAGGCUUGGCAGAGAUCUCCCCCAAAAGAUUGAGGACAACAUUGAGACAUUCUGCUUGAAGCUCAUGUCUAAAGUACCUGAUUUAAAGGACUUCAAUGACUUGUUCUGGGCUGUUCAUCCUGGCGGACCCGCGAUUCUUAACCGGCUCGAAAACACCCUGAAUUUGACGAAUGAUAAGCUAGAAUGCAGCAGGAGGGCUCUGAUGGAUUUCGGAAAUGUCAGCAGCAACACCAUAUUUUAUGUGAUGGAAUACAUGAGGGAGCAUUUGAAGAGGGAGGAUGCUGAAGAAUGGGGACUUGCAUUGGCAUUUGGUCCCGGGAUUACCUUUGAAGGAAUUCUAAUUCGAAGUCUGUAAUUUCAAAAAUAUGUUGAUUUCACAUCAUAUACUUGUAGUAAUGGGUUUCUUUUGUCUUUUUUAGAUCAAACUUAAAGUUGCUAGACUAGCUAUAUGUGGUUUUAUUUGUGUUCUUGGUCAGGUGAUGAAAUGAAUCAAUGCCAAUAAAGUUAUAUACACAUAUUUUUCC